AUGGCCACCAACGGGAACAGCAAUGGCGCACCGCCAGAGCCGCACAAGAUGUUUGACACCAUUCUCGUCCUCGACUUUGGCUCUCAAUACACCCACCUUAUCACAAGACGACUCCGCGAACUCAAUGUCUACUCGGAAAUGCUGCCAUGUACGCAGAAGCUGGCCGACUUGGAGUGGAAGCCAAAGGGUGUGAUUCUAUCAGGAGGGCCAUAUUCGGUAUACGCGCCAGACGCACCCCACGUCGAUCCGGAAGUUUUCAACCUCGAUGUACCGAUUCUGGGAAUCUGUUAUGGACUGCAAGAGAUCGCGUGGCACAAUGGCAAGGGCGUUGCGGCGGGUGAGAAGAGAGAAUACGGUCGUGUGACUCUGCAAGUCCAGCGUCACAGCGGCAAGGCUGCACACAUCGAUCGCCUGUUUGAAGGCUUGGAGGACGGCUUCGAGGUCUGGGCAUCACAUGGCGACAAGCUCUCUAGCAUGCCGGAAGGAUUCUCAACGAUCGCUACGAGCACAAACGCACCGUAUGCUGGUAUCGCUCAUGAAACUAAGAACCUCUACGGAAUUCAAUUCCACCCGGAAGUUACCCAUACACCCAAGGGCAAGCAGGUUAUUGAGAACUUCGCGGUCAAGAUCUGCGGAGCGGAGACAAAUUGGACCAUGGGCAAGUUUGUCGAACAGGAGGUGAAGAGAAUCAGAGCAUUGGUUGGAGAGAAGGGACAAGUUAUUGGCGCAGUCAGUGGAGGGGUCGAUUCUACCGUCGCAGCGAAGCUUCUGCAAGAAGCCAUUGGCGAUCGCUUCCACGCCGUAUUCGUGGACAACGGCGUCAUGCGAUUGAACGAGGCAAAGGAGGUAGAGGAGACACUCACAAAGGGAUUGAAUGUCAACCUUACGGUUGUCGACGCGAGUAAGCUCUUCCUCGGCCGCCUCAACGGCGUUUCGGAUCCGGAAACCAAGCGCAAAAUCAUCGGCAACACUUUUAUCGACAUUUUCGAGGAGAAAGCAAAAGAAAUCGCCGAAGCCCAAGAGAACACUGCCCGCGCCGGAAAGAUCGAAUGGUUCCUUCAAGGCACACUCUACCCCGAUGUGAUCGAGUCCAUCUCUUUCAAAGGCCCCAGCGCAACCAUCAAGACCCACCACAACGUUGGUGGCCUCCCCGAGAAAAUGGAUCUCAAACUCAUCGAGCCUCUGCGAGAAUUGUUCAAGGACGAAGUCCGCAAACUCGGCACCGAGCUGGGCAUACCCGAAGAUCUCGUCUGGCGACACCCCUUCCCCGGUCCUGGAAUCGCCAUCCGCAUCAUUGGAGAAGUCACACCCGACCGAAUUCGCAUCGCACAGGAAGCCGACAAGAUUUGGAUCUCGGAGAUCAAGGAGGCGGGAUUCUACCGCGAGAUUUCGCAAGCAUAUGCGGCGGUAUUGGGCGUCAAGAGUGUGGCUGUGGUUGGUGAUCAGAGAUUACAUGGCGAGAUUAUCCACCUAAGAGCAGUGCAGACGACGGAUUUCAUGACGGCGAAUGUAUUUACGGGCGCGCCAAUGGAGUGGUUCGCUAAGGUGUCGGAUCGGAUUGCCAAUGAGGUGCAGGGCGUGGCGAGAGUCGUCUAUGAGACUACGAGUAAGCCGCCGGCGACAAUCGAGUUGGAGUAG